GGAAUAGGAUAGGAUGCAAGUCACAGGUCUCUGCUGCGGGGCCUUGCUGCUGCUGCUUGUCCUGCCAUGGGCAGGAGCGCAGCCAGCUGGUGGCGAGCACAGCGCGGAGCUGCGGUCCCUGCAGGACCUACUGGAGGCACUGGAGCAGCUCCGGGAGGAGGAAGAAGAACCAGGCCUGGAGGACGCGGUGGUGGCUGGGGAUGAGGAUGACGGCUCUGAGUGGGAGCUCACUGGGGCAGAGGGUGGCCCGGGGGCUACCCCACUCCCAGCCCCCAGCCCUCCCCAACUGGCAGAGGGGCAGAGCCGGUGGAGGAGCCUCCUCUCCUCCUACAGACGGAGGCACUUCUCUGGCUGCUUCGGAAUGAGGAUGGAGAGGAUCGGCACACAGACGGGGCUGGGAUGCAACCAGUACAAAAACCGUUUCUGGAGAAGAGGGAGAAGCUGAAGCCGGGACCGCUACCCAGCAGCUCUCUGCCCUCCUCUCCCAGGUUUCUGGAGAAGAGGGAGAAGCUGAAGCCCAGACCAGCUCCCAAGUGCUUCCUGCCUUCAAG